AUGCCUGCAGCGCAGAAUGGGCGACCCAGUCGUGCAGGCCAAAAAUGGUCUAAAUGGACCGAGGAAGAAGAUAAGACACUGUUGAAGCUCAGAGAGGCAGCCAGCGAAAUCCCAGCUCGUGAGUUCUGCAGGAGAAAUCAAGAGCAUUUCCCCAAUCGAUCUGAGAAGGCAUUGGAACAGCGAUUCAGUACCCUGAAGAACCGGGAAAAGGGCAAAGGCGAAGGCACGCUUAAAAGCCUUGUCGUCACCCUUAAACUGCCUAAGCGCCCAGUCCCUACGACAGAGACAAUGGCCCAGCCAAAUCCGUCCAAACAGCCCAGGUUGGGACGCCAACAUGAUGGAGGCAUGGACUGUGAUGUUUCAUCGCCCAUCCAAAUCGGCCAGAUACUUCCUCAGAAUAACCCACAGUACCCCCAGUACACAGCGCCACAAUCUGCUACAACCGUCCCACCACGAUAUGCGUUCCAGCAGCCCACUGCUCCGGGGAUUCCCCCGUUCCAGCCUUCCUUCUCGUCUGGAUCAUACAGACCAGUUGUGCCAACUACCGGACAGACUGCGCCGUAUCCUCAUACCACGACUAGAUUUAUAGAGCAAACCCCUCAUAUCCCAGUCCAAAGCGACGUUACCAUGGCUGGGACGAGUCCCAAUAACAACCCAGUCCCUCGGGCACCACUACCAGCAUCAGCACCAGCACAGAACCCACAGCAAACUGAUUCUACAAAUAUAGCAGAAGGCGGAGAAUCCACCGACGAGGAAAGUGAUGAUACCUCGUCCACGACAGACUCGGAGCUUCCAGAGCCGGACUCUCUAUGGGUUCACGGGCCAGCUAAACCCCAGCAAACAUCGGCCUCCACCUCAUCAGGAGACGAUAGGGCUAGUACACAAAAAGAUACAACGCCCAAGAAAGCAGAGAUAAUCCCCAACGACGACUCAAUCCCGCCCUCUACCGUGGAGCUACUAGAUAACCUCAGCGACGAUCAAGUGGACUUUUAUAUGAUAGCCCGGCGCUCGCAAAGGCAGAAAUUAAAGAAUAUCCAAAGAGAGAUGGAUAUUGCUGAGUUGAGGCGGCGAGUCAAGGAGCUAGAGAAGCAGCUGAGUAGGCAGAAGAAGCAGAUAUACAGCUUGGAAUCGGCGGGGAGUCAGCAUGUUGCUGCGUUGGAGAAGCGAGUUGCAGAUCUUGUGGCUCAGGGGACGGCAGAUAGGCGGAGACUGGAGAAAGUGAGGCAUUCAUUGACAGAAUAA